UUACGGAGCACCUUCGUGGUCACGACGCCCGAUAUGGAGCAAUCUCAGAUUUCCAUCCGCCCAAAUGAAGAACAUACGCCCUCGCCACCCCUCUCGCUGCUCGGUGGGCCUCUCUGCUCCUCUUCGGUCUCCCUCUCGCUCCCUCGUUUCUCCCGUCGCGGCAGAGGUGGAGGCGCUGUUCAGGGUUGGUCUUUGGCCGUUCGCGCUGGUAACAGUGCCAAAACUGCCUCAAAACGAACCGCUCCGUCCUCUCUCCGUGUUUCUCUCCCCCUCUGCCACGUUUCCUCUUCUUUCCUCCCGGCCGUCGGUCCCGCGGCACGUUCUCGCUCGCGUCCGCUCCACCGGCGUUUUCUUCCUCCCUCUUCGCGUAUCGACGGUCCCGCGUCCCGUCCGGACGACACAGCCCGGACACGUGUCUCCUGUCCGCCUUCUUCUUACCUUCCUUCCUUUCUCACCACCGCGCCCGUUCUUAUUCCGCCGGACAGUUCGCUCAUGACCCUUCUAAAGACGCUUUUCCGACGCCGUCGAAGUUUCCGACUCACAACAAGUGUCCGAGGAUCGCGUGACCCGGGUUCAUCGCACCAUCAACCGCGCUCGGUCUCGUUUCGCGUCUCGUCGAUCGUCUUGGUGACUCUCCGUUUAUCACGCGGGUGCUUCGUCUUCGAUCGAUCGGUGCGACCAGGACUAGCGAGCUUCGACUAAGGAGCUCUGACACGUUCGACGCCCGGGACUCGUUCAACAGGAUUUAACAGGAAUAACGAUCAUUCGUCAGCGCCUGUUCAUGUUGCCAGAAAGCAAGUUUCCCGUCACAGGGGGCACUAUGCAGACUGAGGAAGUCGUGCCUGGAGCAGAGUCCACUGGUAUAGACGGCGACCCCACGGACAGCGGACCUCUGCAACAUCUGCAUCACACGUCGCACGUGAAGUGUCCGUUGCCGCCACCCUUGCUCCACAUGGCGGUUAAACAAGAGCCGCAGGAGGAGGAGGAACGGAGUCGUGACACGAAUGCGUUGAGUCCACAAGUAGACGCAGACACGUCGCCGUCCUCCGUCGACGGUAAACACAGCCAUGGGCACGAGACGAGUCAUCAGAUACAGGAGCUGGAGGAAAAUCCGGGACAAACUAUUUCGGAUCUCAGUAAUAAAGGAAGGCCGAGCCGGGGCCGAAGGAAGUCACGAUGGAAGCUCAAGUUCCAUCACCAGGCACUGCCACCAGAGUACCUGGACCACUACGAGGCGUCGCUCGCUCAGGAAGCAUUGAACUCGUCCCCGACGAGGCUGACAGAGCCGACCGUGCCUAGCCCGGCGCCGACCAGCUCGACCUCGACGCCCAGCCCGAUCGCGGACGUCCACGGUUGGUUGCAACGCAUCGCCGCGAUGCAGCAGGAGCUCUGCCCUCAGAUCGCGUCGCCUCACUGCCUGUCCGUGAACCCGGGUCAAUCUUCGGGCUCGAGGAGGUCCGUGAUCACGUCCACCUCGUCCCACGCGUUGAACUCCAGCCACCACGUCCAUAAUCAGCAGCCGGCGAUGUCCCAGGCGUCGAGCAGGCCACCGAUGAAGUACUCGGACCUGCCUUACAUGGGCGAGAUCACGUUGGACAACAGCAAGCCCAGGCGCGGCAGGAAACCGAAGAAGGCGGACAUUUGCCAUUUGAUUUACAAGAAUUACGGGACGAUACUCCCCGGCACUCCUGGCCACGAAGAGAGGAAGCUGUCGCCGAAGGAGAAGCUCGACUGCCGCGAGAGAAUCUCUCCGCACAUGCCGUUUCAACGGACGGACGUGCAGAACAGGAUCAGCAGUCUGUUAGAGAAGAGGCUGACGCAGGAGUCCCGGAGGACAUUGGCUCUGGUGGAGAACGCCAGGGAACAGGACGAACCGUUGAAUCUCUGCAUCAGGGACCUGAAUCAGUUAAAGAUUAGACUGUUGAGGAAGCAUGGGAACGUUUAUGAAUCCGGGCAAGUGAAGAGCGAGACUUCUAGUGAUGGCGAGGAAGUGGAGUGCAUCGGCACUACGUAUCCCGAGCCGGGCUACCGUCCCUCGAAUCCUCUGGCCUCCCGCGUCGCCAAUAACGUCAAUCACAACAACAAUAUAAUCGAUCCUGUGUUGAGCAAUAAUCCUGGACUCGUUUACUGGCCGAACGCCGGAGUGUUCAUUCACCCAAUGGCGUUACAGUCGCAGCUUCUGUAUUAUCAAAAAAUGGCUCAGAACGAGAAGUGUUUUCCAAGAGCCGUGGAGCAGCCACCGAAGGAACAGAAGAUCGUCCCGAAGUCUAUAUAUUCUAUGAUGGAGACGAAGAGUCCGCCGUUGGUGCCACCGGCUCAGCCGGCGACGCCACAAACGGUGCCUGUGCAGCCGCCGGUUUCACCCAGGCCGAAGAGAAACGCGCCCGUCGGCCAAGCGCAAGGGCAACCGACGAAGCGGAAACGAUCUGCGAUCUUCAUACCGCCGAUGCCCACGGAGAACAACAACAACCCUGCGACUGAAGUGAGCAUAUGCAAGUUCAAGUUCACCGGCGGCGCGAAGCCGAGUUUGCAAGAGAAGAAGAGUCUGUCCGUCGACUCCGGGGGUAACUUCAGGUACUACAGCGGGACAGGUGACAAAAGUAUGCGGGGUUACGAGUUCUUUCCACGGGAAGCGCUUCAGCAAUCGGCCGGGCAAUCCGGUUCCUCGACCGGGGCGUUUCUGAACGCCGCCGGCGAGCGGAUUCAACCGGCGACCUGCCAGAGAACCGGCGUUGGUCAAGAGGAAGGCCGCCGGAAGAGGAAGACUCGGAAGUCUCUUCAGAGAGAGAAGCUCGAGCAGACGUUCAAGGAAAAGGGUUUUCUCAUCCAGACGCAGCAACUGGAGUCCGCCGAGGGCGCGACUUACUGCAAGUUCCGGCAAUUGAGGAAGUUCACCAGGUAUCUGUUUCGAAGUUGGAAGGACUAUCUUCCCGGGAACGUGCGCGAGUUGACCGGUGCCACGGACGGCGACGUCGCCGACGGUGACGUCGAGAACGAGGCGGCUGUAUUGUCGUCGGUACCGCAUCCGAACAUGGUGGACGCUGGGUUCGUCGACGAGCACCGGGCUCUACCUCUCACGUGAAAUCUCGAUCGCUUGAGUGCCGCUGGAUGCAUAUUUUCAUUACGGUGCCGAUCCGCGUUUCGGCCACAGGGAGGAUCCGAGGACUGAUUCCACUGGUACGCAGAAAUUCAUUCUCUCGUUCGUCACGCGAUUUUCAUUAUUUUUUUUACGACAAUUCGGUUUUUAUCUUGGAAAGAUUUUAACAUCGAUUUCGCUUAAAUAUGGAAUAAUUAAUUAACGCGUUACAACUACACUUUCUGUGAUAUCAUUUUUGUUUAUAAAAAUUUGACAGGAACGUUGUAAUAAAUUUCUUGUUCUGAUGUCUGAUGCAAAAAAGUUGCAAGACGUCAGAAGCUAAAAGAGAGAAUCAGAUUCUACAAAUCUUAUGUACAAUUAAGAAUGCUCAAUGUUAUAGAAGUUCGGUGCAUGAAUAAUUUCGUAUGUUUAUUUUUGUAUCAAAAUUUUCACCGCAGAACGCCGCGUCCGGAACCUCGGUGUAAUUAUAUGCUAACGUCGCCGGAAAUAUCACUUGCAUUUAUUGCGUUCCUCGAUGUCUAACUGCCUUAUUGCGUCGAGGAUGCUCGUAGAUCGCACGGAGUGAUUUCGUUCUCAAAUCGUUGCUUAUUAACCGAGUUAUUCUUUUUACACAUCCACGUAUUCGAUGCAACUGUUGUAUCGUUUACUAGUAACGGUUGUUUUUUUUU